CCCACCGACCCGCCACCACGCGUUCCAUCCUGGCCCAAGCAACAGCGAUGGUCGGUUGUUGGUCCCAUAAUCCUAAGCAGCCAGCGCAGCAGCAUCACGGAUGCGGCAGCACAUCUGAGCUACGGCCCUUACUUUCGUGACUCUUACCUCCCAAACGACUCUCUUGCACAUGCAAAUGAAAGAGCCCACGCCGAUCUGCUCCCGGCGCUUUCCCUAACGGGAACUUUCUUUGGUCGGUUGGUGCCAUCGAAGUCCAUAUCUCGGCCUAAUUCAACCACAUGUUGCUUCGUUAACCCUCUCCUUAGGUCACACGCUCUCAAUAAUUAAUUUAUCGUCAUCGCGCACGCCGCUUCCCAUAUCUGUAGGGAUCAAGGGAAGCCCCAACACCUUUUGCCAAACGUUAUACUACUUACGUUGCCAAUUAGCUUUUCUGAUUUACAUGAAUACUUGCUUUUGCAUAACGUUGCAAAUUGUCGCAUCUUGUUGACACGGUGCGGCAGUUGUGUAAGGCGCUGGACCCUCGCGAUACACAUCAUCACCUCUCUGCAUAGGAACAUAGGAAUACAAACGUAAUGAAGUGACUGCAAUACGCGUGCAGACGCGCUAUGCGUUUUUUUCCAGGGCCCCAGGGUCACACGCGCAGUAAAUCACUUCCUAGCCACCUUACGACGGCGGUAUCUCCCAGAUCUCUCACGUGUUGCCAAGCAGCUCCGACAACAGCAGCCCAACAAAGUGCUCCAUGUCGCGCUGGGCCCUUGGGCGCCUAAUGGUUUCGGCGCCUGCCGGGCCCUGCCAGCCACCAGGUGCUGCUGCCAGCGCAGCUUCAGGCUGGAGCGCGCACAGAUGCGGCCUGAUGACGACUUCACGUUCCGAGGCUGCGGUCUUAUCAGUUCCCCACAUGUCAACGUCAGCCGCGGCAGCAGCAGCGGUGGCAGCCAUGUCCGGGCGCGCCCUCUCCUCCUCCUCCUGCACGACAUCAUCCCCCUUAACGACGCUGCGUCACAGCCGGAGUAGCCGCUGCGGCUGUGUUGGCCAAAGCUGUGUCAUCCCCUCAUCCUUACGGCCCCAAGGUUACGCUGGCGGCGCCGGCGGCAGCGGCAACGUUGUCAACUCCUGGAGCAGCACCCUGCAUGCUAAGAACCCCGGGGCGGUCAGGACCUUCCAUUCCUCUACACCAGCCACUGCACCAACCAGUGGCAGCAGCAGCAGCAGCAGUGGUGCGAGUAGCAAUCACCAUAGCGGUGGAUCCAGGGGUGCCGGUCACAGCGAUGGUGGCAGCAAGUCGACCCACGGGUCAGGCGCCCCUGGCGGUUUCCCUGCUGGCAGCCCUCAGGGCUCUGGCCAUUACGAGGUCCUGGGUGUGCCCCCCGACGCGCCCCUCGCCGCCAUCAAGGCCGCCUUCCGGCAGCGAGCCAAAGAGCUGCACCCGGAUGUGCUGGCCGCGCGAACCAUGGGUCGGCAGCGACACCCGCAACCGCACCCGCAUGCCUCGCAGCAGCACCCGCAACAGCACCCUGCACAACGGCCGCAGCAGGCUGUGCAGCACCCUCAACACUCAGCGUCCGGCGACCCAGGGGUCGACGAGGCGACUG